CAGGGCAGUGGGAGUGCAGACUGAAAAGAUGCAUGCCAGCAGGUUCCUACUAAUUUCUCCGGCUGUGGUCCACUGUUGUACCAGGGGCCUACUCAGGCCUGCGUCUGCCUCCUUGCUGAGCAGACCAGAGGAGUUACCUAAACAGCCUUCCUACAGCAGUUACCCCCUGCAGGUCGCCAGGCGGGAGUUCCAGACCAGUGUUGUGUCCCAGGACAUUGACACGGUGGCCAAGUUCAAUGUUGCCGGGGCUGCCUUGGUUGCUGUGGCUCGUUCAGCGGCCAACAUUGGCACAGUAUUUGGCAGCUUGAUCAUUGGCUGUGCCAGGAACCCGUCUCUCAAGCAGCAGUUCUUCUCCUAUGCCAUGCUGGGCUUUGCGCUGUCCUAGACCAUGGGCUCUUCUGUUUAAUGGUCGCCUUCCUCAUCCUCCUCACCAUGUGA